AUGAUGAUGCGCUGCGUGCUGCUUGUGUGUGCCCUCUGCGUGUGUCUGGGAUUCGGUUGUGUCGCUGCUGUGGAGGUUGAUGAUUCGUGUUGCGACACAUCUGUGAACUCACAGUGCUCGGUUUCCGAAAAAAAGAAGCCAUGUGUUGGGCCCAAUGGUAUUGUCGAUAGGGAUGGUAAACAACUCCCUGUUGCUUGUCCGACUGGUACCCAGGAGGGAACUUGCGCGACGAAACCUGAUAAGUUUCAUGGUCUCGUGUCUGCCCUUGCAAGUCCAAGAGGUAAUGAAAAUUGUCCGCUAUCCAGCGGUGAAGAGGCAAAAGAUGGACAGGGGUGCCAGCCUGUAGAUCAGACCGCUGCUGAAGAGGACCCUCACGACCCUUUGGUCUGCACAAGCUCUACGGAGCCUGGGGGGAAGCCUUGCUUGCUUCCCGAGACCAAAGUGGCCUCUGGAAAUCUUGCGCUGGCGGGAGUCGGUGGUGUUCCUACGGCUACCUCACUCGAUCCUAAGAAAAACGAAGGAUGCCUUGCACCAGCAGAAGACGGUACGCUUUGCACAAAACCUCCUGAGCAAGCUGAGCCAAAGCAGUCAGAACUUACAUCUGAACACUCGGAGAAGAAACACAACUCCAGCACUCCAAAAGGUGAUGUUGACGUGAGUGCGCCCAAGCAUGGGUCAGAUAGAGGCGAAGGAAAAGAGGACUCUGGCCUUCUUAAGAGUCCUGAAGGCAGCGAGAAUGAUGGCAACCACGUCCGACUGGGCGACGGUCACGACAAAGGUCGUGUGUCUGAUGUAAAGACCUCACAAGAGGCCAACAUGGAAAAGUCGCUGGAGGACCUUAAGGACAGAUCCACUAAAAACGAAGAGAAACCACAGAACUCUGGUGUUUUACCACCAGCCGGUCACGCUACCGACAAUGACAGCUCUACUGAUGAUCAUCGCGAUUCCUCAGAGACCCGGAACCCUCAAAAUGAAGACAACCAAAAUGGCGCAGUACAAUCGCAGAAACCGUCUGCCCCUACUUCUCCGAGCUCCUCGCAAUCUGCAAGCGACAAGCAGGAGAAUAACCCUGUGGCUGAAAAGGACAAAGAGGCGAAGAAUGCGGACAGCAGCGUCAGUCCUGUGUGGGUGCAUGCACUGCUGCUUCUGCUGGCGUUGUUUGCAGUGAUGGCUGUGUCAUGA